CUAUGCUUGAUGCGAACAUCGGUGCGGCGCGGAUCGCCACGCACUAAACCGAUGGAUACGUCUAGACGAUGGAAAGCCGGAUUUGUUGGCGAAAAUCUGGAAGGAAUGCCGACCGGCGGCGUUAAUCUAAUGCAAAUGAUGAUCCAACCAUCGCUACGUUACAGCAACAAUCCAACAAGCAAUUACGCCUAA